UAUAAAGUCAGUUUCUUUUCCUUUCACAACAAAUAGAACGAGGGUAAACUUAGAGAACAUGUUGAGAGUUGUUACACCCCCAAACUUGAAACACCAUAACCAAAUUAUCCACUCCUAAGCCCCUUCUUUCUCCGGCUGGCUCAUCACCGCCAUGGAUAUGCACGGUGAUCAUAACGACGAUAAUCCUCCCUUUGAUUUCCCUCAUAAAAAUACAAAUGAUUUCAAUAAUAAGAUCAUACUCACUGUGAUUAUUUCAUUAUCUGUUGUUGUUCUUCUUGUUAUCAUACUUCAUAUAUAUACAAGAUGUGUCCUACGGCGCCAGGCAUCCCGGAGGGCGGCCAUAUUUCGACAACUAGGUCUGGCAACUGCUCAAGUGCACUCGUCCGAGCCGCCCAAGACCGGGCUUGAUCCAUCUGUCAUUGCUGCCCUACCAGAAUUUCUUUUCAAGCAAGAUGGCACCCAAGAUGACUUGGGCACCAUAGAGUGUGCAGUCUGUCUAACUGUGUUGGUGGACGGAGAUAUGGCUAGGCUUCUACCAAACUGUAAGCAUACUUUUCAUGCAGAGUGCAUUGAUAAAUGGCUGAUUUCACAACCAACAUGUCCCAUUUGUCGCACUGAGGCUGAGCCACUGCUCAUUCCCGAGCCCAGGGAGCAACCCACCAUGGAUCCACCCACUGCUCCACCUCUAGAACAUGUGAACUCUGCUUUCACAAGCGCGGAAGGGACAUCAGAUGGUGCAGUACAAUUGUCAGCUAAGGUUAGCGGAUCGAACUCGCGCUUGAGUUCAUUUCGGAGGAUGCUUAGCAGGGAAAGGUCGUCGAGAAGAGCUCAAUCCUGUGGACAAGAUGAUGGUGUUGAAGAUCUUGAAAGACAAUGAUUGUGGGUAAUAAUAAUUUCUUAAUUUCUUCUAUAUUAAUUUGUGUGCUUUUUUGAGUUUUGUUUUUGUAUUUGUUAUUAUAACAUAACAAACCAUUACAUGUAAUGAUUUUAGUUUUUGUAUAUGUUGCUAUUACAAAUCAAAACAUCCCGAUACAAAAUGGAGAUGGAUUUUCUCAGCUCCGGUCAUCCAAAGUUGUUUAGAAAGGUCCGUCAAGAGAUCAUUCGUCAAUAUGCUUAAACUUAUGGGUCUAUAUGUCAUUAAUUGUCAUUUUCACUUGGUCGUAGGACUU